UUUUUAUAAUAGAACACAAAUCAAAUGACAUUUGUUUAAUAUUUUUUCUCGGGAAGUGGAAAACCUAAAAAACAAAACGCAGGCUCAAGAAUUAUUUAAAAUACCCUUCAACUAUCGAGCAGUAACUCAUAAAAUAUUAAAUAAAAUUAUUUGCAAUGAAAUGUCGCUGCGAAUAAAAGUUUUAUCAAUACUGGAGGUGUUCUUGAGGGUGCCCCCCUUAUUUGUGAUCGACGAAAUACUGAAAAUUGGACUCGGAUACUAUGACGAUUUGUCUGGUCAAGAUUUAACAUACUUCAACGAAAAACACGAGAAAAUUGAAACUGCACUCGCCAACGGAACAUCCUAUUUUGCUUUCGAUCCGAAGGUCUCCACAUAUGUCCUGAUAUCUGUGAUAAAGUUGCUGAUAGGAGCUCUAGGAUGUGUGUCAGCAAUGUGCAUGUUUGUGCUAAACUCAAAACACCUGAUGGUAGUCUACUUGUACCUUAUGUCGAUAGGAUUAGUAACGGCCUCAUACUUCACCAACAUUCGAACAGUUAAAACGAUAAUGAUGAACGCAGAUCAUGUGAACGAAACUAUACCACCUCUACAAUUCAUCUUCAACUUUGACCUCAGGCAGUUACUGGAAGAACAUGGCUGGAUGACCCAGGUACUCGAAAACUAUGUCCUGCAAACCAUUAUAGCCUUCAUUUUCCUAAAUAUCCACUUGGGACCUCGAUACUCAACAAUUCAAAAGCUAUUGCCGAUCUCAUUUAUGAUUCCAUCUUUUUUAUCAGUUCUCCCAGUUUCAGAAUCUUUACUUAGAUAUAGUCCAAUUGUGUCAGCACUACUGCCAAUAGCCAUAAUAAAAUUUGUGCUGUGGUCCUCAUUUAUGGCUAUUUCAAAUUCACUGUAUGCAGGAUACAUACAAGCCAAAACAUUUAUUACGAACUUUGGGGUAUCAGCUUUAGUUGAAAAUGAAUGGUUGCGUCUCAACGUACCUGAAGUUUUACGCACUUUUUGGCUAAUAAGAACCUCGGAACAUACAGUACUAUUUUUCCUAUAUUAUGGAUAUUGGGAUAUUGAUGACGGAAAUUCUCCAUAUUUUAGAAUAAUGAAAUAUUUAUUAAUAACUGGCUGUGACACGCUAACUGCAGUGCUUGGAUUGACUAGCAUCGUGUCUUAUGUCUGCAAUUACGUAGGGAAGUUUUUCCAAUGGAUUCUUCUAACCGACGAUGAAAAUGACAAAAAUUUUGGAACCGUAUCUGCCAUAGUUUUUUAUAUUUUAGCACUACAAACUGGAUUAACAGGGCUUGAUCCCGAAGUGAGAUUUGUAAGACUAUGUCGCAACUUUUGUCUACUCUUUACUGCAUUGCUUCACUUUACUCAUAACAUUGUUAAUCCCUUGCUAAUGAGUUUGAGUGCUUCUCAUAAUCCUUCUAUAAGAAGACAUGCCCACGCCCUUAUAGUUUGUGUCGCUUUGGUAUUCUUAUCGAUGGCUUUGAUGUAUGUACUAUGGACAACACAGGAAACAUCAACAUGGCUGCUAGCAGUUACAGCAUUCAGCAUUGAAGUCAUUGUUAAAGUAUUCGUGUCCCUGGCAAUAUAUUGUUUGUUCCUAUAUGAUGCCAAAAGGCAAAGUUUUUGGGAAAAAAUGGAUGACUACAUUUAUUACAUCAGAUCAUUUGGGAACACGAUCGAGUUUUGCUUUGGUAUUUUCCUGUUUUUCAACGGUGCCUGGAUUCUGUUAUUUGAAAGCGGAAGUGCUAUUAGAGCUAUAAUGAUGUGCAUUCAUGCUUAUUUCAAUAUUUGGUGCGAUGCUAAGGCUGGCUGGUCUGUUUUCAUGAAACGUCGGUCGGCCGUUAAUAAAAUCGAAAGCCUUCCAGAAGCUGAAAAGGACCAAUUGGAAAACCUGGACGAUGUGUGCGCGAUUUGUUACCAAGAAAUGCUUAGCGCAAAAAUAACUAAAUGCAAACAUUUCUUCCACGGCGUCUGUUUACGAAAGUGGCUCUAUGUGCAAGAUAGAUGUCCUCUUUGUCACGAAAUUUUACACUUAGUAGAAAGCGAGGAAGUUGUUAGGCGCCAAGAGGAAAACCCUGAGCGGGCAUUAAUAGUGGGAGAGCCUGAUAACCAGUGAUAAACUAAAUGUGAUUUAGGGUUAGUUUAUUAAUUAAAAAAAAAAGGAAUCUGGGAGAGUUUAGUUAUCAAUUAACAUUCUUAUCAUAUUGACUUUGAAAAUUUCUGUAGCCAGAUUAAAUUUUCAAUAUUUUCGUUGCAAAAAACAAUUACCACGUUUAUGCUUACCGUUAAAUUGUUUUAACAGAAAACGUUUUACUAUAAAACGUUUGUAUAAACACCCCAUAAACCGUUUUAUCUCGUUGAACCGUUUUGAUCUAAAACAUUUUGAAAACGUCUUUUAACUAAUUUGAAACCAAUUUAAAUACUGUGUAAAUAUCUAAAACCGUUUUAAGGGUGGUGCCAGCACUGCUUGUUAUGACAUUUAGAAACUGUUUUGAGGAGAGACCCUUAGAAGUAUAAAUACCGGAUAAAACUUUUUUAAGUUCGAAAACGUGUUAGCGGUUAAAACGGUUUAACGAAAGCAUAAACUUGGUAAAUGAAGGGUUAGUUAGAGUGAGAUUUAAGACUGGAUGUAUUGAGACAGCAAAUAUGGAAUAUUCAAAAUUAAUUUGGUGUUAUGUUUUUAUUUGUUAUUUUGUUCUUAAGUUGAUUGAAUACCUGUUAAAUAAAGUUAAUAAUGUAUUUGCAAUACUAUAAACAAAUAAUUAGAUAUGAAUCGAAUGUUCUUGGUAGAUGGAACUCAAUAAGUUUUGCAAUGUUUUUUUGUUGACGUGGGCCAAUCUUGAUAUGGUAUCUUUUAAUACCCUAUGAGGCAUUUUAUCAAUUUCACAAUAUAGAGCAGAGCUUACAAUUUUUUUUUAACAUAUCCAAACGCAAUUUUAUUAUGUAAUAAUAUUGUAAUAAUAAUCCUUUAUUUAGAGACAAAAAAAAAUCCUCUUUGGAAUGAUGCCCGGCACAACUGAUAUUUUUCACAUUAACAUGCUCAAACACAGAAUAUUCAGGAACGAUACACGUAAUUCUGAAUUGGUCGAUGCUGCCCUGAAAUCCUUCUUGAGUUUCAAUACUUUUUUGUCACACACUU